AUGAAGUUCAGAUUAGAUCCUUUCCCUCACGUUUCAGAGGUUCUCUUAAACUCAUUAUUAAAUGCACGUAUCCUCAUCUUCUCCAUUGUCGUGGCCAAGAUUAUGCUGGAUCGUUUGUACAAGUAUGCCGUGAUUAUCAAUCCCUUGGGAUAUGAUACAGACGGCGAGCCCACAUUGGAUAUUCUCGAGUAUCAAAAUCCUACAUCUGCCAAUGAAGUAUUCUACGCUUUGAACAGUUACGGACCAAAAGGAAGACAAGCCUAUUUGACAUAUUUGCUCUACGAUAUUGUGUUUGUCAUUGCACGCUCUGCACCCAUCAUUGUUGUGUGCACAUGGGCUUAUAAGAAGGCACCCGCUGCUAUUCGUCCUGGCGCUUGGAUCCCUCUCUUGAAUAUGUUUGUUGAUCUCUUCGAGUCAUUCAUGCUUUUUGGUCUCAUCAAGGCUUUCCCUCAUCGCAACAAGGUCGCAGAAUUGAUUACUUCCUACGUCAUUCGUUUUAAAUGGCUCACAUUUCAAAUCACUUUGGGUGUCAUGUUCAUUUCGCUGAUGGUUGGUAUUUAUUAUGGAUUCCAUGGUUUGUUGGCAGACAGCGUUGUGAUGGAAAAAGAGCGCCAACAAAAGGUGGCUGCUAGAGAGAAGGUUCAUGAGGUCUUGAACAAAUCUGCUGCUCGCCGUACUGCUGCAGAUACCUCUGAGCGAUCUGAGGCUAUCAAGAAGGACUCUUGA